CGGUUUCGGCGGCUAUGCUUGGGGAAGAAAGCCUUCAAUAAAUUGAGUGAUAAACAGUCAUGGUGGCCUGGAAUUCAACAGAGGCUGAAUUCGAUGAAGAAAAGGGAGAAAUUGUACUGAUAAGUCGUCAUCGACUGCAAGAUAACGCUCUUAAAUUUAACGCAGGAGCCAAAUUAGCCAAAUGUGUCGGGGCCGUCUCGAUCUUAUUUGUCAAGUCAGAUUUUAAUACAGAUGCUGCCAAACAAGGGGAGAAAACCAAUGAUAAUGAGAAGGUCACAGUAUCACUACCAGCAUCCCUCAGUGUUGUACCAGUUCCUUGUCCAAGUUUUAUCGCCCCACCAGAACUUGACAAACAUCCACCUGAGUUUCCCAUCACACCUAGUAAGCCAGUUAAGGUGGUCCCCAAAAAACCCUCUGUACCUAGCUUUAACCAAACUUCAGACCCUGGCUGGGUACAACAGGAGGAUGAUGAUGAUUUAGAAGAAGACAAUGAGAGAGAGAUACCAUGGCCGAGCGAGGAUUUAUCACUUAUGCCAACAAACCCAGUAAGGAAUGAGAUUAGCCAAAAGAGACCAUCUCAGACUCACCAAACCAAGAAAAGUCAAAAGAAACCUUCCUCAUUUUCUUCUAUGGAAAUGCAGGUUCUAGCUAGUGGGUUAAAACAAAAGCUGGACUCCAUUAAUUUACCACAGCCAAAUGUAGGUACAGACAAGGGUAUUGAAGUGCGAGGAACCUUCAAAGGCAAAAAUACACUGUUGAAUAAAAAAAGUACUGGUCCAAAUAAAUGUAAAUACUGUCGUAAAGUAAUCAAUUCUUGGGAGUCCAUUGUAGAACACGCAUUGGAGGACCAUGGUAUGAUAUCUGAGGAUUCGGACGAGGUGGCCUGUCCUAUCUGUAAGGGCCUUUUCAGCAAAAGAGAUAUGUCUGCCUUUAUACAACAUGUCCAGCUACACGACAAGAACUGGCAAAACAUGUGCAAAGACAACCCUGCAAUGUUUAUACAGAACUCUGAUGAACUGAGCUUCACACCUGAUCAGGACUCGGACUUGGAGGAUAAUGAUGGAGAAAUGUAUUUGGAUGAUUUUGAUGACAGCCAGUCAGAUCCUGAUCAGCAGGGCACUUUUAAGAGGAAGAAAGGAGGAAACCGGUCAUUCCCGCGUCUUAAUGCACGCCUCACAUCAGAGGUCCUGAAGUGUACCGAAUGUGGGGAGCAGGUCAGUAGCUACAGCAAUAUUCUCCACCAUUGUAAACUACAUGAGAUGUUCAAACAAUGUCCAGUGUGUAGUAAACAAUUCACACUGAGAGGAGGCCUGCUACGUCACUUCAUCACACACGUGGACAACAGGGUGUUCACCUGCCCAUCUUGUGAUGCUUACUUCACACGUAAAGAUAAUUUGAAGCGGCACAUAGAAAAGAAAUGUACUGGUAUUCCUGGUAGUGGACUUAUGUCAGGAAUCGGUGUCAUGGAAAGGCCUCAGGGGAAAAAGUUCAAGCCAAAUCCAAAGGAAAAGCUUGUCCUGAAGUUUGGUAAGAACUGGCCACAGAGGGCAAUGGAUGCUGCAGGAACAGACAUCUAUGAGUCACCGUCAGAUUUUGGUACACCCGAAUCUAGUAAUGACAUGUCCGAACAAGAUUUUAGGGUAAUGGGCACCGAGAUAAAAACCGAGCCACAGACUGAUGAUGACCAGCAAGGGUAUACAAGUGUCAGGGUGGAAAACUCAGGACAUGAACAGUCCAACCAAAACCAGGGCCAAUUUUCACCUGCUCCUGGUCCUAGUGAUGAAAGAAUUUCACUAAGACCAGCUCUCAGCUACAAAUGUGCCACCUGUGAUGUUCACUUUAACAGUAUCCAGGAACUCAAGAGGCAUGUUCUUGUUGAACACUCUGAGGAAACGCCAUCUUCAAGCAAUGUUCAAACACACCAGGGCUACGAGGAGGCAGAAGAGCAGGAUAUCAAACCAUUCCUCAACAGCAACCAUUACACUUCUGACCUUGACUAUACAUUCCCUCAAGGUCGCCAAACUCACUCAGGCAUUACCCAUAAAAGCAUUCAGGAAGAACUUCAGGCAAUGGAUGUAAUUGACAUCGAGUCUCUAGGCAAGUUUACAGACAUGGAUGAGGAUAGUGCUCAAAGUCAAAACCAAAGAGGACAAAAUCUCAAAGGAGUUCCUAAUAGUCUAGUGGGAGAUGAUAGCGGCCACCCUUCAGGGUCCUCGGAGGGAUUCGUCGGAGAGGGAGUGAUAGACGAUAUGGGAGAUAAUUCCUCAGACUCAAACUUACUAGGAGUGGACAGUCCUGACCAAUCAACUAGCAUGGACUCCUACACUGAGCGAAAUGCUGAUUUUCUCCGUAACCUCGGCGUUCCAAAGGGACGAAAAGGUGCUGUCAAUAAGACUGCUCCCAUCUGCCACUUCUGUGGUAUGGUUUUCGAACGCCCAGUAGACAUUCUCCAUCAUGGAGAAGUCCAUGAACUUGAACUUCCAAAUCAGUGUACAUGUACUGUUUGUCUGAAGGAGCUUAGUGGAAAGGACAGUCUCUUGCGACAUGCAAACUCGCAUAUAGGCAGGUGGUACCCAUGUGACGUGUGUUCUGCCAGUUUCAGUCGCAAGGACAACCUUAAGCGACACAGAAGGAAGCAUGAUGAACCAGGGGGCAUGGAGAUGUUGAUGAAUCUGAUGCCAUCUGGCCUGGAACUGAUAAGUGACCAGGAUAGUACAACAAAUUUUCAGGAUGCGUAGUAAUCCUGAUUUUAACAGCAUUUUUAUAUAGCAUAGUCGGACAAUGUAUCAAUUAAACUUUGUUGUGUUUCAUUAUUGUUCUCAAUAUCAUAUUUAUACAUUAUACAAAUUGAAUUUUUUAAUCUGAUUGAAUAUUUAUUGGUGAUUAUCAAAGUAGUAUAUGUGUACAUGUGUAGAAGUACUAGUGUAAAUGAAAUAUUCAGUAUUUUUUUGCGAGUUGUCUCCCUUCCCUGCAUACCUGAGGCCAAACUGACUACAAAAUCUUGGUGCCCUAGAGAAAUGAGACUGGAGCUUUUCGUUAUUUCUAUUUAACCAAACAGUAAUACAGUAAUGUUAAAUUCAACAGUUGAUGUAUACGUUUGAUUUAAGACUCGCACAUCAUAUUUUCAAAAAAAAUAUUUUAAUUACAUAGACCAAUUGUUGAUAUGUAGUUGUAAAUGUGGCUUUACUUAUCUGUCAAACCACUUACCUAUAUGUAAAAUGAAAAUACCAAGGUAAAUAUAUGCAAAUGUAGCUCACCUGUACUAGUGUAUUGGUAAAUGGUGGAUAUAUAAUUCCAUUUAAUAAAACCUAUGGAAGUUUUAAUCAUUGAAUUUACUUGAUAUGGUAUAUUCAUAUUAAUAAUUUUGAUUUUGAUUUUUUGUAUUCAUUUAUUGAUUAAUAUUUCCUAGCUUUUUUUUGCUGUUAUUUUCUAGAUUUUAUAUAUAUGAAGUAAAAGAAUAGUUGCGACCAGUGUGGUCCAUUAGAUAGCUAGAACAGUCAUUUUGUUGGGUGUACCAGUAUUAUAAUGCAAUUUACCCUGGAUUUAAUUUUUUACAAGAUCUGAAAAAAGGCAUACCAAAUAUAGGACCAAUUGAUAGAAAUUAAUUACACAUGAAUUUUUUUUAUUAAAAUAUCUCUGAAAAAAUAGGCCUACCAUAUAUAGAACUAAGUUGUGUAUGUGAAAAAAAAUAUUCAUCUGAAAAAAUUGGCAUACCAUACAUGUAUAUAGGACCACUUGAUAAACUUAAUUGCAUGUGAGAAAAAAUAUGAAAGUAUUUUAAAUGAAAAUCACAUCUAAAAAGUAGUGUAAUAUUUUUUCUGAACAUCUUAUGAUUAUAAUUACACAGUAAUAUUUUGUGGGUGCACAAGUUUUAGAUAUUUUAUUAGCAAAGUCUGCUUUAGUUUCUACACUUUAAAACAUAGAUUGUGUCAAGGUUAGUGGCUUUUAGAUGUAAACUAUUAUUUGAAUGUGUAUAUUGCAUUUUUCAAAUGUAUCUGCAUAUACCAUUUAUACCAAAUUGUCUCAUAUAUAUGGAAAGCAUUUGUAGAAGUCAUAUGUAAACUUGCAUUUUAAAGUACUGUAUCAAAUAUGAAAUACACAUAUUGAAAACUGGAAAUGUACAAAUGAACAAAAGUUGUCUUCAAAAGACCUGUUGAUAUUUUUUGGUAGUCUGUAACAUAUUAUUGUAUUAUUAUCUCCUUGAUGUUAAAACAAAUUCCAUAAGUUAAUUGGGUGAGGUAUUUACGAUUUUUAAUUUCUAAUUAAAGACCUUAUGAUUUUUUCUUCGAAAAAAAACUACGGUUAACCUCCAGUGAGUUCGAACAUGCACAUAGUUCGAACGCACAUUUUUCUCUAGGAAACUCCAUUGACAGCUCAGAAUUUUUACACCAACAUUAAUCAAAGCACCAAUCUGAAGAUGUAUAUAAUCAUAUAGAACUUCUUCAUGUAAGUUCCAGUAAUGUAAAAAUUUUCGGGAUAGCCGUAUAAUAUUCUUUUGACCCUGGAUAUGACGUGACAGGUGGCGUUACUGGUCAAGAUGAAGUAUGUGAUUGGUCAAUGUAGCAGUAAAUGCA